CGGAUUAUUGAAUAAGGAUAUUCAGAUACAAUUUCACGCUGAGCUGCCAGGAUUACUCUUAGUUUGGAGUCAAACAGAGAGAAAAAAGGAGUAGCAAACUUUUUUUCCUUUUGACCAAUGCUUUCAGACCAAAGGGCAGUCGAAACUGUUCUCAUUUGAUUGAAUUGGUGACAAUCCUUUCCUUUUUUUCUUAAACUGGGCCCAUGCAGCGAAGAAGUUUCUUAGAUUUCAAGAGCUAGACGACCUCUCUAUUUUCUCUCUUCUGUUUUCUUCAGUGCAAGGAAUUGUUAUUUUUCUUUCACCAAGAAUUAGAGGAGAGUCUUUGGGAGUUAGGAGGCCGCGGCCAUACUUACUCCUCUCGCGCCCUUUGUUCUGCCCUCGCUGCUUAUUAUGCCUGGAGUAUAACUUUCAUCUCAAAAUUGGAGGGAAUUUGACGGGGGUGAAAGUGCUCCAAGCCAGCCAUCUGAUCAAACAUUCUAGUUGCAUUGCCUGCGAACGAAGGAGGAGGAGAAGUCUGCGCGCUUACAGCUUGAUUCGUCAAUGAGCGGUGCGAUGCGGUGCGAGACUGAGCGGAAACAAUCCAUCGGCUGCAUUGCGUAUAAAUAUUUAACAGUCUUCAGUUUUCAAUAGAUCUGACCGAACGCUCACGUCAAACAUCCGGCCAUUGCAUUCUGUCAUCUGUAACGAUGAAGGCAACUCAGUGACGUGCAAGAGCUAUUAUAAAGUAACGCUGGAAUUACCCUGGCUGCUGCUCCAAAUACCAAAUUGAUUCAUUUAGGGAUAGAGAUUGUAAGAGUGGGAGUUGAGACUCGACUGGAGGAAUGGCUACGCGACUGUCGCGUUUUCUCGCCCGGGCCAGGCCCAGUCGCUCGAGUGGAGUGAGGCCUCAGACGUUUCAUGAUGCACAUGCAUCCUCAUGUCCUCUAGCAGCCGUCCCCUCAACCCUCUCUCCUCAUGCGUCCACGACAACUCCUUCUACUCCAUCUACAACUAAAACCAGUACUACUUCUACUACCUCAGCUCCAUCAUCAAUAAGUGAUUUGCCGUCAAACAAUAAUCUGUCUUUGGGCGUUUCCAAUGGGUGUACUUUCGACCAAGCUCCAGCUAGUAUUAACCCAUCAGAAAGGAAUUGUACGAUAUUUGAUGAUGUGAAGUCCUUCAAGGAUAUUCCUGGUCCUAAAGGAUGGCCCAUUUUAGGAACCCUUGGAACAUACCUCAGUGGAAAGGGACUAGAAAGGAUCUACGAUCACCAGAUCGAUUUCACCAAAAAAUACGGCCCGAUAUGGAAGGAGCGUUUGGGCACCCUGGAGUUUGUCAACUUAGCCAAGCCUGAUCUGGUAGAAGUAAUGUACAGGAACGACAGCAGGUAUCCAAGACGGCUGGACAUGAAGCCGUGGAAGGUCUACAGGGCACAUCGAGAUGAAUCACUAGGAGUACUAACACAUGAAGGUAAAGAAUGGCACCGUGCCCGACGAACGAUCGGCAGGAAGAUCAUGCCGCCAAGGGAGGUGGCCAAGUUCACCGGCGUCAUCAACGAGAUCGUCACCGACAUGGUCGAGAGACUUCGCUUCGUACGAGACACAAAGGGCGAGGGCGACGGGGUCGUGCCCGAACUGCAGAACGAAAUGUACAAGUGGUCGAUGGAAUCCAUCUUCAAGCUGCUCCUGGAGACCCGGAUAGGGUGCCUGAAGGAACCCAUCCCAGAGAAAUCACAGGGGUUCAUCAACGCUGUCGGUCAGAUGUUUGCAUCGGGUCAGAUCAUGUUCCUUACUUCACCGGAGUGGUUCAGGCGAUGGAACCUCAAGCCUUGGAGGGACCAUGAAGCAGCCUGGGACUACAUCUUUAACUUUGCUAAGAAGUCAGUCGAUGCACGUCUUCAAGAGCUAGCUACCCUGGCCGAAGAAGGUGAUGUAGUGGAAGACAGUGGUAUCCUAACCCAUCUCCUGGCCAGUCAACAGCUCAGUAUGAAAGAGGUCUACAGCAACGCCUGUGAGCUCCUACUUGCAGGGGUCGAUACGACGUCAAACACACUAGCCUGGGCGCUGUAUGAACUUUCUCGUCACCCUGACACUCAAGACAGGCUCGCGAAAGAAGUGGAGGGCGCCCUUGCCGCGAGGGGUAGGUGUAUUCCCGAGCAUGAUGAUCUUCCAAACAUGCCACUAUUGAAAGGGGUCAUCAAGGAGACACUAAGGUUAUACCCAGUAGUUCCGGCUAACAACAGGGUGUUGGAUAAAGAUGUAACAAUAGGUGGCUAUCACAUACCUAAAGGAACCAUGAUCGGUUCUCUCCAAUACGUGAUGGGACGAGACCCCGAGAUCUAUCCCGACCCAGAUACCUUCCUACCAGAACGAUGGCUGAAAGGUUCAGAAGCAAUCUCCUCAGAGGAGAAGGCUUCAUCUUUCUCCUCCCUGCCCUUUGGCUUCGGACCCAGGAUGUGCAUCGGGAGAAGGAUUGCCGAGUUGGAGAUGCAUCUAGCUCUGGCAAGGAUAUCUACGUCAUUCAAGCUCCGAUACCACGGCACAGAGGAGGUCUUCCCAGCUAUACGAGGGAUUUUGGUACCAGGUUCUCCGCUCAAAAUCGGUUUCAGGGAUAGGUGAAAGGACAGUAUACCACUCAUGUCACAGGGAUGGUGUUCCCGAUAAUUCGAGGGUUCUAGAACAGGUCUCAUCAUUAGGAUUAUCAUCAGGAUUAGGUGAAAGGACGAGAUGAGAUGAUCCAGGCUUUAUGCGGGAUCUUAGUACCACUUAGUACCACAAAAUCACCUUCAGGGAUACAAAUAGGCGAAAGGUUGAGAUACCACAAGGAGGUGUUUUUUAGCUGUACAAGGAACCUUUUUCUGCCAGGCUCACCAGUUAAUAUCAGUUUCAGGGCUAGGUAAAACGUAAAGAUACAAUGGCGGAAAGGAAAUAUUCCCAGAUAUAAGAGGGACUUGGUACGGGGAUUGUCGUAGAGGGAUCCAGGUUUCAGGCACACUGCUUAAAAUCAGUUUCAGGGAUAGGUGAAAAGACAGGAUACGGCGCAAUAGGCACAGAGGAGAUGUUCCUUGACAAUACAAGGGAUCUGUAACAGGUCUUAGGAUUACCAUCAAGAUUAGGUGAAAGGACGAGAUCAUACUGAUAGUGCAUUACCAAACUUUAUCAUCUAAAUGAUGUAGGUUAUAGAUGAAAUGAUAAGUAGCCCCAGUAGCCCUCGUGGUGUUGAUCCUGGUGAUAGAGUGAUACAUACCCCCUUCUCCCGACACCCCCUACCCAUUGUAACCUUAAUUAUAAGAACUGAUUGAAGUAAACAUUAUGUUGAACUGAUUGGACAGCAGAUAAGAUAGGUAGAAUGAAUUGGAUGAGAUGUUUGAAGACAAAUCUAGAAUGAUUACUCAACCAGGGCCCUGUUAUGGAAUUUGAUUUCAAUUUUGAAGUUUAGAUUGAUUAUUGUAACUCUAUACAGUUGAUACUUUAUAUGGGGUGGUACUGCAGGUGACUGGUGCAUAAUCACAUUUAUGGAAGAUAAUGAAAAUCAAUAUUGCUAAUCAAGCACUUGAGUUUAAGUUGAUAUCAGGUAUCAGGCAAAAAUAGACUUUGGACUGUAUUCCUUCUCUCUCUCUCUCUCUCUCUCUCUCUUUCUUUUCCUGUCUGUCUAGGUAUGUACCAUACAACCAAGUUGUUCCAUAACUGUCAGUAUCUAACUUUCUCAAUCAGUUUCAUCCCAGACGUUCACUGCUGUCUCAUUUCUUGUAAAAGUCCAUUCAAUUUUAACUCUACACCUCUUCCAUCAUAACUAUUUUCCCUAUCAGUUUUGUAUUCUAAACCCUUCUUGGCAUAACGAAAUGUCGGCAAACAUCCCCCCACCUCCCCUCCCCCCCCCAAAAAAAAAAUCAAACCUGGAUCUGCCACUGUAGUGUAAUGCUCCUAUUGCCCCCAUUGUAUAGCCUCUUAUGUGUUUUGUUAUCUAAGUCAAAGAACAUUGUAUAUGCCGUUUUGCAAAUACACCUUUUGUGAAUCAAACAAGCCUGUCAUUUCAACGUACGAUUUGCUAUUAAAGUUACCUUUCUAUUUUGUAUAUGUUAUUUUUCAUUGUAAUUUUUUUAUUUAUUCAAAGUGUGUAUCUUUAUUUGUAUUCAUAAUUUAUUUAGUGUUAAACAAUGAUUUAUUUAUCAAACAACUACCUACAUGUAUUUAUAAUAAGUUACUUUUUUUAAUUUGCACUCAAUUAACCUAUAAAGGUGAGCUGUGGUCUAUUUAUUGUUUAUCUGUCAUCUACCUGUUUAUUAUAUCUCACUAUUUUGUAUUAAUUUGUUGUGAUUUUAUGAUACUGCACUAAAUUUACCAUGGGGGGGGGGGGGGGGGGUACGACAGAUAUACUCGAUGAAUGAAGAUGAAUGAAGUUCAAUUUUACAAUGCCCCUGAUUUGGUGUAGGCGCCUUCCUUUUCUUCUCCCCCCUCUUUAUUGGUGCCAUUUGAUUGGUUGGCAUGUGCUACUGUUUAUAUGAUCAAUGUAUUAAAGGAGUUCGUGUAUUUAUGUUAAGAUCAUUGUGAAUAGGACACAGGUAUUUACCCCCCCCCCCCCCCAUCAAUAUUUUGGGAAUUACUACACAGCAAAGUAGAUAACGAGGAAUAGAUUGUCCCGAAUCCUAAGGCUGUAUAAACAGCGCUUCCGUUAAUAUAAUAUAUUUGAAAGUACUAUACAUAUUUAUUGAUAAUUUAGUGCACAUUGCGUCUGAUAUCUUCUUUAAAAGACAGCUUUUGUAUUUUAUUGGAUCUCGUGCUUAUAAUUCUUUUUUCUUUUUCAUUUAUUUAAAAAAAAAAAUUACGUAUCGUGUCAACUGGUUAUAUGCGAUAUAUUACAAUGUUCGCACUCGCAUCUUACGAACACAAAACAUGUUUCAGCUUAAUAAGCAAAGCCCGAAGCCUUUAGAUAUGAAUACAUCUCUGCUGAUGAAGUAUUUUUAGUUCAUAUAAAAAAAAAUACAAGGGUUUGAGUGAAACAAUAUGACACAAUCAUAAGGCCAAAGCUCCAAGACUUGUACAUCUCAAUAAUGUAUUUCUUUGAUUUUCUUUGAAUUACUGAUUACGAGAUGUAUUAAAAUAGUAAGAAAUGCUCAUAAAUUCACGAUUGAGUAAUUUUGCGAAUGUUAUGAAAUGUAAUCUCUAUGGUGAUGUGAUUAAUACUAUUAAACAAUCUGCCAAUUUUACAUCGAAUCUUGAUAAUUGGAGAUUUUUUUUUCUCCAAAAAUAGAGAAGCAACAAACUUAUUCGUAUUUCGUUGCUGAAAAUGAAUUGAAUUUAUGCUUUUAAAAGUGAAGGGUUCAGACGAUUGUUCAUCUUGUUGUUUUGCAGAUUGUUUAAUAAAAUCACGAUCUGACUAUAGAGAUAUCAUUCCUCGAUAUUCGUUCAUACGUUUACGAUAAGAGUAUAUUAUUCUGUAAGGCAGUCUAGUUUUGAGGUUUAAUAUCUCAAUAUACUGUCCAUAAUUGGGUGAGCUUGUGAAUGAGUCUUAUAUAUGAUGCAUGUCUGUGCAGGAGGGGGGGGGGGGAUAUCACUAUUCUCGUCAUGAAUGUUUAUCCGUUGUUGCCUUUUGAAUAUUACGUAACCUAAGAUUGAACAAGCUUUAAACGCAUUUUGCCAAAGAUUGAAGAAAACAUUAAAGUAUUAUAUUCAAAGUCAAUACUGGUGUGAUGUUUAGGCCAGUCUGGUUUAGGCGUGUAUUUUGAUGGAUUAUAUAAUUCUCUCUAAGUACAUUAUUUUGAAAUCGAUCUUAAAUAUAGAAUCAGGCGUUAUAUCGAGUCGUAUACAACUGCGUUAACCGUGCUCCCUUAUAUUAUCAAAUUUUGAUUUACGCAAGGGCGUUGCCAGAACCUUUUUAUGCGCGGGGAAUAAAAAGAGCACAAAAAAAUGCCGGCAAGGAAGUAAUAAAAAGUCCCCAAAUUUGUCCCCGAUUGAAAAUAAAUGAAUAGUUGAAACGACCCAUUUUCCCUCAGCGACGCCCCUAGAUUUAUUCUGAACACACAAGGGAGAGGUAUAUAAGUAGGAGGAUCAAGUAUUGAAGAAUAAUUAUCGCAUGCAGUACAGAAAGAACACAUUGAGAAUGAUGCAUUACUGCAUUUUUGAAAGGAAAAAAAAUCAUAUGAGGGAUAUUAUUUGAUUCUUGACUACAUUUUCAGGAUAUUUCUUUUUAUAAAUUAGAUUUUUUUUUCUGAUCAUACGCAGUGAUAAAUAUUUUGCCUUUUUGUUAGGCUUUAUUGUUUGUAAACACGUCAUGUCUUGAAUGAGGUUAGUUAGAAGUUUAUAUUGUCACUGCACUGUUUUAUGUAAAUACAUUUUUGUUAACUUCUAAUUAUAUAUCUCCAUUAAAAAGAUUAAAAAAUAUAUAUUGUACCACUAA